ACUUUAUUACCUUACAGAGCCACUGAGAAUGAUAUUUAUAAUUUUUUCUCGCCUCUUAAUCCCAUGAGAGUCCAUAUUGAAAUUGGACCGGAUGCCAGGGUUCCUGGUGAGGCCGAUGUUGAAUUUGCUACUCAUGAAGAUGCAGUAGCAGCUAUGGCAAAAGAUAAAGCUAAUAUGCAACACAGAUACGUGGAGCUCUUCUUGAAUUCUACUGCAGGAACAAGUGGAGGAGCUUAUGAUCACAGCUAUGUAGAACUCUUUCUGAAUUCUACAGCAGGGGCAAGUGGUGGUGCUUACGGCAGCCAAAUGAUGGGAGGAAUGGGCUUAUCCAAUCAGUCCAGUUAUGGGGGUCCUGCUAGCCAGCAGCUGAGUGGCGGGUAUGGGGGCGGUUAUGGUGGUCAGAGCAGUAUGAGUGGAUAUGACCAAGUUCUGCAGGAAAACUCCAGUGACUACCAGUCAAACCUCGCUUAGGUAGAGAAGGAGCAUUUAGCAGCUACUGCUACAGAAAUAAAAGCUGUGCAUUUAUGGGAGUGGAAUAGAGUGGGAGGGAUGUUUAGUAUAUCCAGUAUGAUUGGCAAGUGGGAACUACAAUUGAU